CUUUAUCUCUCUUUAAUCAAUCAAGUGCUAAAAGACCUCUCUAAGUUUUCUACCAACACAAUUGUAAUAGCUUGGAUGAGAUCAAGAAAGAGCCAAAUUGAGAGACAGAGAACAUUUAAUUAAGCUAGAAGAAAAAAAAAAUUUUUUUUUUUUUUGUGUACAAUAGUUCUUUUUUUUCUUUUUGUAGCUAGAGAGAGGGUGGAAAUGAAUAGAGGAAAUGUGUUGCAAAGUUCAUCGGUGCAACAAAUGUUGUCCGGUUGCCCAAAUAGCUGGUGGAGCAUGAUGACUUCCUCGAGACCUUUUCCUCCUCAUCCGUCGCUGCUGCCACCACCACCACGACCAUCAUCUUCAGUAUCUCAAUGGCAUCAUGAUAAUCAAGAUCACUUUCCGGAUUCUCUUAGCCAGUUACUUAUGGGUGGAUUAGACGAAAAAACAGCUUCAAGUUAUAUGCAACAAGUCAGGAAAUUAGAGAAUUGGGAAGAACAGCUUCUACACGGUCAUCGUAACGUUAGUUCCGUUUUAGAUUCUUCAUCAGUAGUAAAGCAAGAGCUCCUACACUCUGUUAAUUGUGAUGGAUCUUCAUAUAAUUGCCAUGGUAAAAAAGAUGAUGAGUUUCAUGGAGGUGUAAAACCAAACAUCAGUUGGUCGAAUACAAUGAUGCUUCCGGUUUCAUCAUCGUCUACUAGUUCGUGUAUUUCAAGUUUGAGCAACAAUUUCCUUGAUUUCUCUACCAAGCAGGCAGAUCAUGGCAGACACCCUCCACCCGAUCGCUCUUCUGAGUGUGAUAGCACUGCUACUGGUGGGGCAUCAAAGAAGGCCAAAGUUCAACCUUCUUCGAAUAGUCAAGCUACAUUCAAGGUGAGGAAAGAAAAAUUAGGGGAUAGAAUAACUGCACUUCAUCAGCUUGUUUCUCCCUUUGGGAAGACUGACACAGCUUCCGUGCUCUUAGAAGCUAUUGGUUACAUAAGAUUCCUUCAUAGUCAAAUUGAGGCACUCAGCUUACCGUACCUUGGAAGUGAAUCAGUAGACUUGAUGCGAUGCGACUCACAUCUUGCUCAACAAAGGGAGAGAAAUUGUUUAUAUCCUGAAGAUCCUGGUCAGCUUCUCAAUGAUAAUAGCUUGAAUAUGAAAGGAUCUGCUCUUGACCAGGAUUCUCAUGACGAACCAGAGAAGGAUUUGAAAAGUAAAGGAUUGUGUUUAGUUCCGGUUUCAUGUACUAUGCAAGUGGGAAGUGAUAAUGGAGCCGAUUAUUGGGCUCCGGCUCUAAAUGGAGGGUUCAGAUGAGCAGAUAAAUGGGUUAAGUUUAACAAUUUCAUGGUGUCCGAUAUUAAUGUGUUUUUCGGACAUGAUGAAGAAUAGCCUUCAAGAAAAAUGAGAUAAUAUCCUGAGCAAUCACUCUGCUUAAAAAUUUUAAGGUUGAUUGCUCAUGAUAUUAUGCAUCUUCUUGGUGGUUUAUAUGAUCUUAUGACCACAAACACAAAACUUAUGUUUGGGGCCUUGGAUGAAAAGUCUCUACAACUAUCAACUAAUUUUUAUGCACUUCUUUAUGGUAUUCUCAUUCCAUUUCUUCGAUCAUUUUCUAGUUGGUGUUAUGUAUAAUUUCAACCAUAUGAUAUUCUAGUAUUAUUAAUUAAACAAACACUCUUUUCCGCCG